AUGUCGACGAAGGGGUCUGCAGCCUCACGAGAUAUCGAGUCAAUGGACACGAAUCCUACCACUGUUGGGCCGGCUACUAUCAAAUUCACCACCGCCCAGGCGCUACUUCAAGCAGCUCGCCAGUCUUCGAGCGAGGUCAUCUAUGUUGAAGAUGUAUCUACAGAGGAUUUUGCAAGUAUAGAAGAAGAAAAAGGGGAAAGGCCUGCACCUCGCUUAAAGAACUACUCCCCAGCACAGCGCCUACUCAUCAUCGUAAUGCCCAUCCUUCGCUAUGAAAGAAGCCACUCAACACUUAACAACCUCAUUAUAAACGAGAUGGCAGCUAUGGGAUUAGAAGAUGCUUGGGGCGAGUACGGCCAUGCAACUCAACGAGCAGAACAUGACGGGGGUGUUGCGGAAGCCGAUUCAAGUGGAGGCCCAAUGGAGCGCGAUGACGAUAUACACCCUUGGCAAACUCUUGUUAUCGAAGCUGGAUACUCGCAAUCUUUGACCGCCUUGAGACAACAGAUGAGAUGGUGGUUUGCAGCCUCACAACACAAGGUCAAGAUUGUUCUGCUUAUAAAGCUAGAUCCCCUAGUGCGUGGGAAGAUCAUCAUCGAACAGUGGAAGGAGUUUCCAAAUGGAGAACGCGCUGGUGCUACGACAACACGGUUUUGUGCUCGCCUAGAGCCGGUCAACACGCAGCACAUCACUAUCCAGAAGACUUUGCCUUCUACGGAGCCAGGAGAUUACUUGUCGUAUGGUGUCACUGGAGGUCCCCUACGACUAAGCUUCGUGGAUCUCUUUCUACGUGCGCCCAAGCAAGGGGAGGGUGAUGUUGUUCUUACGGACCACCAUCUGCAGCGGCUCGCUGCAAGUGUUGGAAGGAUCAGAUAUUGA